AUGCCAAAAUUCAAUCGUAAGCGAACAGGGCCGUUGUCUGCGGAGGAAAAGAAGACAAUUGCGAAAUCGGCCACAAGCAUCAAUUUGAACAACAAUCCCUUUGAAAAUAUCCAACAACAACGAAAGAAACAAAUUUUAGGUACAAGUACAUCCCAAGUUCGUCAUACCAGCAAAGCCCGAUCCAAUGACAUCAACAUUAGAAAGGAUACUCUGUUGAAGGAUUUUUGGAAACAACAAAAACCAUCCAAUCAAUUUGUGGAUAAGAGACAAUUAGCCUUUGAAAAAACUCUUUCCAAAGUCGAUAAAAAGAGAAAAAAAUUUCAAAUCGGAGAAGAUGAUGAUGAGGGUACGAUGAAUGAAGGAAAAAAAACCAAACUUUCUUCGUUUUCAUCGUUGGGUGAUAUUGAUGAGGCUAUUGAUAGAGACUUGUUCAGAGACGACUAUCAAGCAGAUGAUAUUGAUUCCAAAUUUAGUACUAAUGAUGAAGUAUCUGUAUUGAGAAAUUUAAAGGGAAUUGCAAGAGGUGAAGCUUCUUCAACAUUUACUCAAGAUGACCAAAUGGAAAGAAAAUUAUCGAAACGAGAGAGAAUGAAUUUGAGAAUUAGAGGAUUCAAAGAAAAGAAAUUAGAGCAAAAGAUGGAAAAAGAAGAGAAUUUAGAAAUGAUUCAAUUAUUAGACAGUGAUAUGGAUGAUUUAAUGAAACAUUUAAAUGUUACUUCAAAUAACAAGACUAAGGAACACUCUGAGACUUCUUCUAAUAAGGGAAUGUCAAAUUUAGAUUAUGAUAAUUUUAUGGAAAUGAUUAAGAAGGGAGAGGAUAUUGAUUUGAAUGAAUUAUUGUCUAAAAAGAAUUUAAAAUCUAAUUCCUUACCAAUGAAAGAGACCAGUGAAGAAGUGAAUCAUGACAAUUCUGACAGCGAUGAUGAUAAGGUAGAAGAAGAGAAUGAAAAUGACGAAGAAGAUGAAAUUGAUCUAGAAAAGACUGUUGAAGAGGACGAUGACGACUCAAACGUGGAUGAGUCCUAUCUUAAGGAUAGUUUUAUUGAUGAUAACAAUGAUUCAAACAUGAAUGAAGAAGGUGAGGAUCAUGAAAAUACUAUUGAAGAAGAUGAAAAGUCCAUUGAGGAAGAUGAAGAAGUUGAAAAUACCAUUGUUGAUGAAGAAGAUGAAAAUAUCAUUGAUGAAGAAGAAGACAAUGAACAAGAUUCUACUCACGAACAAGAAUCUUCCUCUCUCGACGAUUCUCAUCAAACUCUAUUAGAAGCAUCUGAUGAAGAUUUACAAUCUCUCAAUGAAUUAUUCAAAAAGAGUAUCUCUCAUCCAGAUGUAUUCUCUCAACUUGUGCAAAACAAUUCCAAAGAUGAAAAUGAGAAACUCUUCUCUACUCUUGUGACCUUUAUGGUGAAACAAUUUGGAUUUAGUGAAUGGCUCAAUAACGAUUCAACCGUCGUAAAUUUCAAACAGAAUAUUCUAGACAAUACUCUGAAUACUCUAUUCAUGUUAACUACGAAAUUACCAAAUAUUGCUCAUGACGUAUUUCAUACAUUUUUAUUAGAACUCUUUAACAAGUAUCAAGACCAGACACUUCCUAAUUUAGGAGAAUUACUGGUAUUGAAAAUGAUUACUCGAGUGUAUCCUCUCAGAGAGAGAAUUGAUAGUCCACUACUUUCACUUACCAAUUUAUUGAUUCAUCUCUAUUUGGAAAAGUCAUCGAAAUUUAUUGAUCCAUUAUUGCCCAUCACCACUCGCACUGUGUUGUUUUUGGUGAGUCUUGCAAUCAUUAUUGAUUGUGAAUGUACCUUUUAUUCUCCAGAUGUUGUGAAUACUCUCCAAUUGGUGUUCAUGAAUCAUUCCAAUAAGGAUAUUAAUAGCAGUAGUAGUAGUAGUAAUAAUGGAAAGAAGAAGAAGAGGCUCAACACAUCUUUGAAUCAAUCUCAACAACAUGCUUCUAAAAAUUUAUUUAGAUCUCUCUUUGAAGAAACCUGUCAAAGUGAAAUCUUCUCAGAUUUGAAUGAAUCAUGGGCUCGACAUUUAUUAUCCAUCUAUAGCAAUCAUUUAGCUACAGAUUUUACAAAAUCCAUCAUUUCCAAUGAACAUUACAAGACUCUAAUUACCAGUAGUGAGGGAAUCAAAACAACUCACAGAGAUCAUAUUGAGAAUUAUAAUAUCAUCUUUGAGGGUUUUUCGAAAUUGAUAACAUCUUCUCCUCCUCCUCAGCAACAACAACAACAACAACAACCUCUCAUUACACCCGUUCCCAAUGAAAUCAAAACUCAUCUCAAUUACAAAACCAAACGUCCAAAACCCAUUGUUGAAUUUGAACCAUUCUUUGGUCAUCAUGACUCUUCAAAUAUUGACUCUGCAAAGAGUAAAUACACAUUCGCAGGAACAGAUCCACAACAAACCAAAUUAAAAACACUUCGAAAGAAGAUUUCAAGAGAGAAGCGAAAGGCCAUGUCAGAGUUGAGAAAGGAUAAUCAAUUCCUAAGAUCAGCACGUGAACAAAUUGCAAGUGAAGAGGCAUUCCAAAGAAAAGAAAAGUACAAGGAAGUAUUGGAUAGUUUGAGACGUGAACGAUUGGAACAAAAUCAAAUCGAUCGAAAGAAUAAGGAAAUUGAUAAGAUGAAAAAGGAUAUGAGAAUUAAUAGAAAGAAUGUUGGAAGAAUGAGUGCUGCAGUGAAUGGAGGAAAGAAUGAUUCCAAAAAGAAGUAA